AUUUAAUAAUUUGAAUGUUCAAAGGACAUAUUUUUUAUAAAUAUUAUACGAUAAAAAAUUUUUUUUUAAGUUUGGUUGACUUUUUAAGGUGGAUUUGUUAAUUGUGUUGUGAGAGAAACUUUGAAACUAUUUAAUAUUAAUCAGAGGGAAUUUCCGAAGUCGUUCGCGAGAUAGAAUGAUCGGUAUCUGGCACAAUCACGAGAACACAGUGGCGCUGAUGGGGGGCGGCGCCGGCCGCGGCCGAUAGUACGACGGCGGCCGCCCGCGCAGCGUCUCCCACCGGCCGUCAGCCAUGGUGCGCGACAAGAAGCCGCCGGGCAAGACCGACUCGCAGAAAUCAAGCACCAACCUAGUGGGAAAGUUCACGCAGAGCGUCCGCCGCAUUGUACAGGACGUCAAGGACGAGGGAGCUUCCAGCGGGCAGACGAAAGAGGAGGUGAUAGAGACGAAUGAGCGGCUGCGCAUGGUGCGGAUACGGCUGGACGAGAACUAUGACACCGCCAAGAAGGCGCUGGUGACGCUCAUGACGCGCUACAACGAGUCCAAGGCGCAGAGGAACCUGUUCACCAGAUACGCUAUGCUGAAGGUCAUGAUCAAGGACGUCAUCCGUCUGGAGACUCAAUACUGGUCGUUAGUGGAGAUCCCUCGUCAAGAGAAGGCGGAGACGGUGCCGGCCUUCGUGCUGCGCGCGUGCGCCAUCAUGGAGAAGACGCAGAAGUCUGGAGAAGGAGUCAAGACCUCGUCUAAGCUGGCCGAGGAGGCCGCUGAUCGGAGGGACAGGAUAGAAAGGCUGAGUGAUAUGACAACAUCCCAAAUAGAAGCCGAGAAUACGCAGAUGACAAAUGACCUGUACCGCCUCCUGAAAAAGUACACCGGGUUAAGAAAUCUUAUAAGAGAAUUAAAGUCAGAGUAUGUAAGCACCAAAGUGUACCCGAUGUUCCCUCGGUACACGAUGCUGAAAGACAUGAUAAAGGACAUCAUGCACGACCCCGACUACAUGGAGGUGUGCCACGAGGUUGACCCAUAGCGCGGGGUUCGCAAAUAAAUGAGGCGCUCUUUCACCGACCGCGCGAGGUCGAGUCGUCGCUAGCGGGCGAGGGUCAAGAUCAGGAGGAAAAGGGUCCCGAGAAAUCGAACCUGAGUUAUUGGAGGGGUAUCGGCAACAAGUCGUUACAUUUUGGUGACGGGCGGUGCUGUGGCGACAUGCUGGCGGCGGGGAGUGCGGCGAGUACUCGUUUAUUUGCGAUUAUUUGUUGUUGGACUUUGUUUAGUGUAAGCUUAGAUUGGAAUUAGUGUACUCGUCCUUCAAGAGCCUGUGAAGUUUCUUCUUCUUUCCAAAAUUCUCUUAAAUGAUUUUUCUGUUUCGUCAUUUGGGACUCUGACUUUGGAGAUCUUUCGAUAUAUUUAUCUGCUUAUUCAUAUUCCUCUUACUAGUUCCAUUUGUUGAUAGUUGACGAUUUUAACAGAGAUAUAAAAUAAUAAUGUUGUUUUACAAAUAGACGCAAUUUAACUAUUUUUAAAUAGUUGUACACUUUGAAUACUAUUAUUAGUUAUGAAUUGUAUGUUAGUGCGAUGUUUUAAAUUAACUAUAAUUUUGUUGUAUUAUCAGCAGUGUUUUAGUUUAGUAAAUAUUUAAGAUGAUGUAGGCAAAAUAGUUACUAAAUUGAAUGCUAAUAUAACUGCGGAUUUUGAUAUAAAAAAAGAUUAUGAUUCAACACAAUUAGAUAGAAAUCAUGUUAAUUGGAGCUUUGAAGAUAAUUCAUGUCUGUCUAUUUUAUUGCUAUUAAUGCAGAGUAUAAUAGCCUUUGCGAGCUUUCCAAAUAUAACUCUACAUAAUCACUACCUACGCAAUAUACAUAUUUACUCAACAUAUCAUAUUCUAUACAAAUAUUCAAUCAAUCUACAUUCUAAGAAACUUUACUAUUUAUCAAAUCUUCAUAAUCACAAAUUAUUAACUACUUAUAAUUGUAAGGAAUGUUAGAACUAUUGUAGUGGUAUGUGCGUGCAAGAAUAAAAUGCCAUUGUAUGUGUUCAUCAUUUAAAUAGAUAAAAUAUAAAUACCCUCCACUGUAUUCAUAUUUGCUCUGUUUGGUUUCAUUUGGUACUUCAUGUGCCAUUGGUAGUUAGUACAUGUAUUGUCUUUUCGUCAAAUGAUAGUACUACUUAUUUUGUUUUGUAUCUUUUAUUGUAAAAUGUAACAUUUGGUUCAACAUUAAAUAGACGGUUAUAGUAUGAAAAAAUCAUGUCAUGAAUGAACGUAAGCUGAAUUUGAAUAGUUUUGGUACAAAUGUAUUUAAAUACUUGCGGUAUCCUCGUUACUUAGUAUAAAAAUAUUGACAAAUCGAGUAUUUCUACAGAUAAAAGUUUCUAGUUUGAAUAUCAUUUUCUGUAGAAGUAUAUACUCGAUUGUGCUAUACUUAAUUGUUUAAAAAUGCAGUGCGUUUAUGGAUUUGGAGCAUAUUUUGUAUUUAAUAUCAAUAAGAUUAUCGUUAGGAGAAUAGAAUUUUAAUAAUUUGUAAACUGUGAUUAAAUUUUGAUUAGAUAGCUUGAACUACGUAAGUUCUUGAAUAUGCCAGAGACUACUUUUAUGUGUUUGUUUGUUCCUUGUCCUAAAAUCUAAAUCUGAUAAUAGAUGAAAUAAAUAAUCUGUUCUAUCGCGAAUCAUCGGAAAGUAUGACUUAAUAUAAUUGAAAGAUUUUUAAUGUUUAAUGUUACUUCUGUUCUCAAUUUUCAUCCAAAUUGCAACUACAAUGAAAUUAGUCUUUGGCUCUUAUGUCAAUAAUUUAAAGUAAUAAAUUGCCAAAUUAUAAUGUUGUUCUAAAAUUCGUGUAAGACAUUAAGCUCAGUAUAACGUAAAUAGUGUAGGUAUAAAAUAAAUGUUAAACAUGAAAGCGAAUAGUGAGGCCGAAUCUUUAGAUAUAAGAUAAUGCGAAACAAUGUACCUAAUUCAUUACUGAUACUAGGUGGCUCUGGUAAAUUUAUGUUGAAACAAAUUACUUUGGAAAAUUGCUGUUAUUAACAAAAUAUAUCCUAUCGAUUGAUUUCUUCUCUUGAUAAAUUUACAUUUAAAUAACACACAGCAAAACAAGAACCCAGGGCCUAUCAAAGAUGACAGUCGUUGAUAGCAAAAGCCAAUAAAAUAGUCACGUGACUUUUCGUAGCAUCUGUUACGCAGCGUACUACGUAGGCGAACAAUAAGCGAACGCGAAGCGAAGCGAUGCGGCGCCGGGUGAAUCAAUCCUUUCCUAUGAUACGUAUGUAUAGAAGUGUCCUACGUGGACGAUCUCGUUGCGAACACGAACGCCGUUGGCCCACCUCGCCGCGCCGCGCCGCCCGCGCCGCUUCGCUUCGCAUUCGUAAGAUGCUGCGUUAUCCCGAUACACUAUUUUAUUUUCGUUUGUCGUCUGUCAAUGCACAUUUGUCAUCUUGGCUAUACCUCCUGCGGGCUCCGCACGGUCGCAUUUUUAUCGCCUGUCACCAUGCCUGUCACGUUCUAACAAGUAUGUAAGUGCGAA